CCGGGCCACUCUCGCGAGGCCAGGGGGAGCGCGGCCGGCUGGUGCUUUGCAGUGUGGAGGUCGUUGGAGUCACUUCCCUGCUGCCUGCUCCUCCGCCGGCUUGUCCGCGCCCCGCCCGCCCCAGCCAUGCUCUCCGCCCUCGCCCGGCCUGCCAGCGCAGCUCUCCGCCGCAGCUUCAGCACCUCGGCCCAGAGCAAUGCCAAAGUAGCCGUGCUGGGGGCUUCUGGGGGAAUCGGGCAGCCGCUUUCACUUCUCCUGAAGAACAGCCCCUUGGUGAGCCGCCUGACCCUCUACGAUAUUGCUCACACACCCGGAGUGGCUGCCGACCUGAGCCACAUCGAGACCCGCGCAACGGUGAAAGGCUACCUCGGACCUGAGCAGCUGCCAGACUGCCUGAAGGGCUGCGAUGUGGUGGUGAUUCCAGCGGGGGUCCCAAGAAAACCAGGCAUGACCCGGGAUGACCUGUUCAACACCAACGCCACGAUCGUGGCCACCCUGACUGCCGCCUGUGCCCAGCACUGCCCCGAGGCCAUGAUCUGCAUCAUUUCAAACCCGGUUAACUCCACCAUCCCAAUCACAGCAGAAGUUUUCAAGAAACACGGAGUAUACAACCCCAAUAAAAUCUUUGGGGUGACGACCCUGGACAUUGUCCGAGCCAACACUUUUGUUGCAGAACUGAAGGGUUUGGACCCGGCUCGAGUCAACGUUCCUGUCAUUGGCGGCCAUGCUGGGAAGACCAUCAUCCCUGUGAUCUCUCAGUGCACCCCUAAGGUGGACUUUCCUCAGGACCAGCUGACCACCCUGACCGGGCGGAUCCAGGAGGCCGGCACAGAGGUGGUCAAGGCUAAGGCCGGAGCAGGCUCUGCCACCCUGUCCAUGGCAUAUGCCGGAGCGCGGUUUGUCUUCUCCCUCGUGGAUGCAAUGAACGGAAAGGAAGGAGUUGUCGAAUGUUCCUUUGUUAAGUCCCAAGAAACGGACUGUCCAUAUUUCUCCACACCGUUGUUGCUGGGGAAAAAGGGCAUUGAGAAGAAUCUAGGCAUCGGCAAGAUUUCCCCUUUUGAAGAGAAGAUGAUCGCUGAGGCCAUUCCUGAGCUGAAAGCCUCCAUCAAGAAAGGAGAGGAGUUUGUAAAGAACAUGAAAUGAGAAGACGGUUAGCGAGCAGUUCGUUUCCUUAACUUAUUAAGGCAUCAUGUCACUGUAAAGCCAUUUCAGAUACCUUUGUCUUUUCAGUUCGCUUUGAUGAUGAGUGCUGUUUUAACGAACCACCCCUUCCAAAUCUCGGGUCAUUCUAUCCGUGCAUCAAUAAAAGCAGGCUUUGAUUUUCAUUUUCAAGGUCUCUUCCAAUUAAAUACUGUGCCGUCUUCCCCACUGGAGCUGACUACAGAGUAUCUGUCUGGCAUCUCUUCCGUCAUGAAUCAGGACUAGAUGUUAUUUAAAAAGUAGUCUGAAGCAUCAUGGUCUCAUCAGUAGUUUCAAGUCUAAAACCUUUAACUGCUUCUCCCAGCCCUGCCCUUUGCACCAUCGUGUCCCUUGGGUGUGUAAGCUAAAGGAAGGGCCGACUCAGGCCUGAGUCCUGUGUCCUCUCACCCACACAGGUGGCGGCUCCGUUGCCAAUGCUGGGUUCUUUCUUUGUGGUUUUUCUUGGCAAGCAAACAGCACCACUGGCUGGAUUUCAUUCUCUUCUGAUCAAGCCCUGAUGUUCAGUGGCAGUGAUGACCCAAAACCAGAAUUGUGAGGAAAGCUGGGCAGGGGCAGGAACAAGCAAACCAAAACACCAGGUGCCCCUACAGGGCCGAGGACACAGGGGAGGGGGCUUUGUGUCUUCACCAGUGGCCGGAAGGGACUUGGUUGCAUUAGCUGGGCUUAGGAUAGAUGUGGGGAAUUAAAGGGAGACCUGAUUCCCUUCGGGUACAGUCUAUUCCCCAGAAGCCAUGGCCUCUGAAGUGGAAACUGAGAGCCCCGUACCUGAGAAGGAACCUUCUGAUAACAGGUGAUGACCGUCUGGUGAAAGGGCAGGUGGGGGUGGAGCUCCGCCCCAUGGACAGACACAUUUAUCGGCAGCUUUUUUUUUUUUUA